GUCAGUCAGUUUCAGACGGAGAGGGCAGUGUAGAGAGAAAGAGUCCAGUAGGAAGAGCAACUGUGUCGGGUUCGCAUCCUGACAAACCCUGGAUUUGCGAAAAAGAUCGAAACCGUCAGCGCCUAUGUUGCACUUUGAUCUUUGGAUGUCUAAAUUAUUUUGUCAACUUUAAAAAAGAAGUCAAUUCCACUCACUUCAUUUAAUAGGAUUGACGCCCGCACUGAUCAUAAGAAGACGAAGUUUGAACGGAAAUGAAGACCCUGGAGGAGCCCCCCUACCUCACUGUGGGCACGGACGUCAGCGCCAAAUACAGGGGGGCCUUCUGUGAGGCGAAGAUCAAAAUCGCCAAGAGACUGGUUAAAGCGAAGGUGACCUUCAAACCCGACUGUUCCACCGGGGAGGUACAUGACGAGCACAUCAGAGGCCCCUUGAAGGUGGGGGCUACGGUGGAGGCGAGAAACUCCGACGGGGCGUACCAGGAAGCCGUCAUCAACAAGCUCACCGACGCCAGCUUGUACACCGUCGUGUUUGAUGAUGGAGAUGAGAAGACUCUGAGACGCUCCUCUCUCUGUCUGAAAGGAGCGCGGCACUUUGCAGAGAGUGAGACCCUCGACCGGCUCCCCCUCACCAACCCUGAGCACUUCGGCACGCCGGUCAUCGGGAAGAAGACCAACCGCGGCCGACGGUCCAAUCCAGUCCAAGAGGAAGAAUCGUCUUCGUCGUCAAGUGAGGAAGACGAGGGGGACCAGCAGGACAAUGACGAGCUGCUGGGGAAGGUGGUGUGCGUGGAGGCGGUCGCCCCCGGCGACAGGAAGAAGAGCGCGUGGUACCCGGCGCUGGUGAUUUCGCCAGACUGCAGCGAAGACUUGGCCACCAAGAAGGACACCGUCCUCGUCCGCUCCUUCCGGGACGGAAAGUUCUGCGCGGUUCUGCGGAAGGACGUCCGCGAGAUCGACGGGCAGACGGCUCCGAAACCAGACGCGGCUCUCAAGCCAGCUCUGGACGGUGCCCUGGAGUUCCUGCGCUGCGGCGGCGUGCCGAGCUCCUGGAGGACCGAGGUGAAGGACGAGACCUCCAGCAGCGAGGACGAGGAAGACGAGGAGGAAGAGGAGCCAGAGGAGGACGCCAGCAGCGGAGAGGAGGAGGAGGAAGUGGAGCCCUUUCCAGAGGAGAGAGAGAACUUCCUGCAGCAGCUCUACAAGUUCAUGGAAGAUCGAGGCACACCCAUUAACAAGAGACCAGUGCUAGGCUACAGAAACCUCAACCUCUUCAAACUCUACAGGCUGGUACACAAGCUGGGAGGGUUCGAUAAUAUUGACAGCGGCUCUGUGUGGAAGCAGGUCUACCAGGACCUGGGGAUCCCCGUGCUCAACUCCGCUGCCGGCUACAAUGUCAAAUGCGCCUACAGGAAGUACCUGUACGGGUUCGAGGAGUACUGCACCUCCUCCGGGAUCGCGUUCCAGAUGGCCCUCCCGCACCGGGCCGAGCCGAAGGCUGAGGAGGCGUUGGGGGCCGCCGCCGCCGCCGCCGGGCCGCCCGUCGCUCCCGGCAACGGGGGCGCGUCCGAGCAGAGGGCCGUCCGCGAGGAGCAGCAGCGCUCGCGCCCGGACGGCAAACCCGCCGACCUCCAGCCUGUCCUGUGCAAGCAGGCAGAGGAGGAGGAGGAGGAGGAAGCAGACACAGGCAGCGAUAGACUGGAGGCCGCUCGUCAGAAGAAGGAGGAAGAAGACGAGGCCGUCAGCAGGCUGGGGCGUAGCGAGGAAGACGAGGACGCAGACGAAGAAGCCGGGGACGAGGCCCCCAGCCCCCGCGCGGAGAGCGUGAAGCCGGAGCCCUUCGAGGAGCUACGGGACGGGGAGAAGUCAGGGGAUGACAGCAGUCAGGAGGGGGAAGGGGAGGAGUUUGAGAGUUACCCCGCGGGGAUGAAGGUGCAGGUGAGGUAUGGGCGAGGCCGCAAUCAGAAGACGUACGAAGCCACUGUGAAAGAGUCUGACCUGGAGGGGGGAGAGGUGCUGUACCUGGUGCACUACUGUGGCUGGAACGUCAGGUAUGACGAGUGGGUUAAAGCGGAUAAGAUCGUGCGGCCGGCGAAUAAGAACGUCCCCAAAGUGAAGCAUCGUAAGAAAAUAAAGAACAAAACGGAAAGAGAGAAGGACAGGCUAGAGAGGCUGACGGACAGGGAGGACCUCCCCCCUUCCAAAAACCACCGAAUCCACCGCUCCGCCAAGUCCGGCCCGCCCCACGACGGCUUCUCCCCGCUGGACGAGCACAAUGACAAAGGGCCCAAACACGCGGCCGCCAAGUCCAUCGAGAUCACGUCCAUUCUGAACGGCUUGCAAGCCUCAGAGAGCUCAACUGAUGAGAGCGAACAUGAGGAGGAGGAUGACUGUGAAGGUGACCAGGAGGAAGAUGAGCAGCUGGGUUCCCAUGGUGACCGCAGAAGGGCGGGUCUGCCGGAGGGGCCCCGUGUUCCGGAGCACUGGGAGGGCAGCAGGGGCCUGCCGGGGGGGUGCAGGGGGGGACCUGGGGGGCCCGGAGGCGAGCGGGUCCCGGGGCCCGACGGCCAGGAGGGCACGGAGCCCGGGAAGCGCAGGGGCCCCCCGGAGCCCCAGGGGGAGGGGGCCAGCAGAAAGCGCAAAGCGGAGGCCCCCGGGCAGCGCCCUCCGAAGGGAGCGUCCCGGAGCAGGCCCAGGAGCAGCAGGACCGCCGACUGGCUGCCCCACGGCUCCCCCCAGAGGCCGGAGGAGAGAAGCGCGGGGCCGCGGGGGGAGACGAGCGGCAGCAGCAGCUCGGAGGACGAGGGGGAGGGGCCCGCGGAGCCCGGCCCCGAGGCGGGAGGGCGGCGCGGCAAAGCCAAGGGCACCCCCUCCAAGAAGUACAACGGGCUGAAGGAGAAGACGAAGGGGGGGCGGUCCUCGGCUUUCUGGGAGGUCCCCGAAAAGCGGCCCAAGCUGGCGCUGGGCGGGGACGAGAGGCCGGCCGGCGGCCGGGGGAAGGGCCAGAAGGACGUGUGGUCCAGCAUCCAGGCCCAGUGGCCCAAAAAGACGCUCAAGGAGCUCUUCUCCGACUCCGACACGGAGGCGGCCAACUCCCCCCCGCCCGCCGUGUCUCCGGCCGAGGACCCGCGGGCGGGCGACCCGGCGCGGGACGGCGAGGCGGGCCGGGGGUCCCCAGAGCCCCACAAAACCCGGGGGUCCCCCAGCAGCGGCAGCAACUCGGUCCUCAACACGCCCCCCACCACCCCCGAGUCCCCGGCCGCCCAGGCCGGCAGCCCCCGUCGGACUCUGAGCCCCGCCCCGCCCCCGGCCCCUCCCCCGCCCUCGCUGGACCCCGCCCCCGAGGCCUCCCCCCGCGUCCCGGGCCCCCCGCUGGAGGAGAGCAUGGGGGGGCGCAGCGAGACGGACAGCAGCACGGUGGAGGUGGAGAGCCUGGGGGGAGAGCUCCCCCCGGAGGACAGGCCCGGGUCCCCCUCCAUGGCCUUCGACGGCAGCCUCUCCUGCCACAGCAGCUGCAGCAGCCAGCACGACGGCCAGCAGAGGGCCCGAGCCGCAGCGCUGGCCAAUCAGAAGCAGCAGAAGGACUCCCAGGGGGGCGGAGCGUCAAAGAAACACAAACGGAGCCACAAGAACUCGGGCACUCCCCCCAAGAAGAGCCGGAAAAUGGCCCACAGCAGCGACAGCGAGGACCACUCCACCAGCGAGAACACUGCCAAAUCCCCCGCCCCCAAGACCGCCGCCGCCGCGCCCAAGUGCCCCGGCAGGACACCCCCUGCUGGUCACCGGUACCACAAGCACGGGGACGCGGAGCACCAGGGCCGCACGCCGCGCGUCUACAAGUGGAGCUUUCAGAUGUCCGACCUGGAGAAGAUGACCAGCUUGGAGCGGAUCUCCUUCCUGCAGGAGAAGCUCCAGGACAUUCGCAACCACUACCUCUCGCUCAAGUCGGAGGUGGCCUCCAUAGACCGCAGGCGGAAGCGCAUGAAGAAAAAAGAGCGGGAAAGUACGGUCGCAGCGUCCUCUUCCUCCUCAUCCUCCUCCUCCUCCUCCCCGUCCUCCAGCUCUCUCACAGCGGCGGUCAUGCUGACCCUGGCGGAACCCACCGUCUCGGGGUCCUCUCAGAACUCUGGGGUGUCUGUGGAGUGCAGGUGACAGGACGCCCAGCGGCCCAAAGCACUCUGCACUUAGCCAGCGUCCGCGCAACCCCGCCCCCUGGCCCCUGGCUCCGCCCCCCACCCUUUGCUCCCAGACCCCUGCUCCUUUUAAAGUCCAAGUCUCACCAAGUAUUCC